AUGUCCUCGUCAGCUGAGAUGCUACAGACAGCUGCAGCUGCCAGUAAAGCAGCGUCCACUACCACUUUGAAGAGGCGGAUCCGUCAGCGGCUCCACAAGAAGUUGGGCGGUGUGUUCUCCAAGAAAGAUUUUGCCUUGGCCAUGGAACGUUUCAAGCUGUUGGAGGCUGAAGAUGAAGACCGAGAGCCCAUGCCUUUCGAGCCCGAAGCAGCCCUACUUUCCGGAAGCCUUCCUGUACGCUUCACUUUCAUUCACUUCAGCACACCCGCAAGACGCAAGCGUUCGCACUCAGCAGCUUUGCCUGAAGUUAUGAUGAGUUUUUUAUGGGCAGGUGGCACAUGUUGGCGCGGUUGGCACGAUUCCCAAAUCAUGAGAGUCCUGCCAUCGCUAUCAGCUGCUUUUCGUGGUCAGGUCUGA